CCAAUCCCAUCCUCCACCCAAUCGAAGGACCUAGCGAGCGGCAGCGGCGGCGGCGAUCGGAGAAGAUGGUGCGCAAGGCGAAGGUUGAGUUCGACGAGCAGCCGCCGGAUAACUUCGACCCGAAGAACCCGUAUGCCGACCCGGUGGCGAUGCUCGAGUACCGGGAACACCUGGUGCGAGAGAAGUGGAUCCAUAUCGAGACCGCCAAGAUCAUCCGGGAGCGCCUCCGCUGGUGCUACCGCAUCGAGGGCAUCAACCACCACCAGAAGUGCCGCCACCUCGUCGACCAAUACCUAGAGGCUACCCGCGGCGUGGGUUGGGGCAAGGAUGCCCGCCCGCCUGAACUCCACGAGCCCAAGAAGACCGUCAAGGCGGAGUAGCGGCGCUGCUGCCUUGCUUCUCGUGCUGCUGUUCCUGGAUUGGAGAGGUGAUCUGACCCUUCCAUUGAGUUGAAUGAAGUAGCCUGGAACUGUGGUAGUUCGUCUUUUACAUCUUAAGCUGCUGAUAGACUUCAAAUAAAAUCUUGUCCAAGAAAACAUUCUGUGAGCGUACAUGUUGUCGUCGAGCUGUGUAAUUGAGCAAAUCGUCAGAUUGAAACUCGUUGUCUGCCUUGUUCUUCAAAUACCGCUUAUCCAGACGGUGCUUUUGUUUUCACUUUUCCACUGCAUCUUUGCUCUGCAAGGAUACGAAAGGCAUCAUUGGUUGCUGUUGAC